GCCCAAAUUCAUACCCUCCGUAAACAUACACUUCUAGAAGAAAAGUUCAGCUGGUAAGGCCUGGAAGGAAGUCGACGGUUUGAUUAAAACAAAGGAAGACUGUAAUCGCCGGCGGGCUGACACCGCGGCGGUGCAGCUAAAGGACUGAAAGUGUCUGGUAUAGUUUCUCAUAUCAGACGACGGACAAGGUAGGGUUUACAGGCAAACCAGCAUUGUUCAAAAUCCCCUCCGUUCUUCCCUACAAUGGCGACGAGCAUUUCCUCUUUCAAUCUGACGGCUCUGGAGUCUCUGACCGGAAAUUCUUCGGAAGAGAUUGCGAAGAGCUGGAGCGAAUUUUGCUCCGUUUUGGAAGCUCUACUUGGCGGCAGUGGCGAUAUGUCCCUCAGCUCCCAGCUCGUUUCAAGUGUCCACUGUCUCUGCAAGCACGGCCUCGUUUCUCUGGUUAAAGACCACUUCCUGCAUUCAGCUCAGAGAAUAUUUGAAGGAAAGGGAGUGUCAAGAUUUUGGAGGCAUUUUGAUCCUUACAGAAAUGUUGCUGCACUUGAAAUGACCAAUGAUCCGAUGCUAGAGAAUCAAAUUCAGAAGCUAUUGUGUGAAGCUCUGGAAGAGAUAUCAUCUGAAAAGGAAUGCCAUGAGAAGUGCCUAUUAUUAUUGAUCCAUGCUUUACAAUCAUAUAGAGAAGCUAAAUCAGAAGAGCGCCUCAACUUGGAUUGCCUAAAAGAUUUCCUUUGGUCAAAAUAUCAGCUAAUGGUUUCUUCGGUUAUCAUGGCCAGUCUUCCUAGGCAUUUUCCGGAAUUGCUACACUGGUACUUCAAGGGAAGGUUGGAGGAAUUGAAUACAUUUGUGUCAGGUUAUUGUGAAAAUGAACUUGAAUUAGGAUCUGAUGAUGAAAUGGAUACAGUUGGAAAAUGCAAACCUCCAGACAGAAACUGUGAUAUGGAUAUUGAUACAAAUCAUCAGCAAAUUAGGUUUUCGGCGAACAAUAAACUAGUGAAGAGAAUUGGAAUGGUUGUUCGGAACCUAAGAAGUCUUGGAUGUACAUCUGUGGCUGAAGAUACGUAUGCUUCUGCCAUAUUUCUGCUGCUACAGGACAAAGUACAUAAAUUGGCUGGAGAUGAUUACAGAAGUUCAGUUUUGGAAUCUAUCAAACUCUGGAUCCAGGCUGUGCCUCUCCAGUUUUUGCAUGCACUUCUUGCAUAUCUUGGUGACUCCACUAGCACAGAGAGUCCAUCGUCUGGUCAUAAAUCACCUCUCCAAUCUCAUCCAUCAUCAUUUUACUUUGGAACUGAAAUUCCAUCUGAGGGACUUGUUAGAUGGCAACUCCGGUUGGAAUAUUAUGCUUAUGAGACCUUACAAGAUUUAAGAAUUGCCAAACUUUUUGAAAUGAUUGUGGAUUAUCCAGACAGUGCUCCUGCCAUCGAAGACUUAAGACAAUGUCUUGAAUAUACCGGGCAACACUCAAAGCUGGCGGAUUCCUUUAUCACAUCAUUGAAAUAUCGAUUACUCACAGCUGGUGCCUCGACUAAUGACAUUUUGCACCAAUACGUUUCAACAAUCAAGGCACUUCGGACCAUUGAUCCGGCAGGUGUGUUCCUUGAAGCCGUAGGUGAGCCUAUACGCGAAUACCUGAGGGGUAGAAAAGACACAAUAAAGUGCAUUGUGACAAUGCUCACUGAUGGGAGUGGUGAAAAUCCCAAUGGAGCAGGGAGCUCAGGGGAUAGCCUUCUUGAAGAACUGAACCAAGAUGAAGAAAGUCAAGAGAACACCAAUGUUGAUGAUGAUUUUUGUGCUGACGACAAACAAGCUUGGUUGAAUGCACAAAGAUGGGAGCCUGACCCUCUAGAGGCUGAUCCGAUGAAGGGAAGCAGGAAUCGAAGAAGAGUUAACAUACUUGGGAUGAUCGUCAACAUUCUAGGUUCAAAGGAUCAAUUGGUUAAUGAAUAUCGUGUAAUGCUUGCAGAAAAACUGUUAAACAAAUCUGAUUAUGACAUUGACUCAGAGAUACGUACUUUGGAACUUCUCAAGAUUCAUUUUGGAGAGAGCAGCAUGCAAAAGUGUGAAAUUAUGCUCAAUGACCUGAUUGAUUCAAAAAGGACAAAUACAAAUAUUAAAGCAAAAAACAAGAGUCAACCUCAGCCAGUUUCCGAGGAGCAGAAUGAGAUACCCCUCGAUACACUUAAUGCAACAAUCAUAUCUUCAAAUUUCUGGCCACCUAUCCAGGAUGAGCCGCUUUGCUUACCUGGGCCUGUGGACAAUCUCUUGAACGAUUAUGCAAAAAGAUUUACUGAAAUUAAAACCCCAAGGAAACUGCUUUGGAAGAAAAAUCUUGGUACUGUGAAGCUGGAAUUGGAAUUUGAAGAUAGAGCAUUGCAGUUCACGUGCACCCCUCUUCAUGCUUCCAUCAUCAUGCAAUUUCAAGAUCAAAAGCGGUGGACAUCGAAAGACCUUGCUGCUGCUCUAGGAAUACCUUUGGAUGUUCUAACUAGGAGGAUAAACUUUUGGACAAGCAAGGGAGUUCUUGCAGAAGCACCAGGACAGGAUUCUAGUGACCACCUGUUUACUCUUGUAGAGGCACUGACUGAUACAAGUAAAACUGGGAGAAGCAGUGGAAGCUGUGAUGAACUUUUGACCGGUGAAGAAGAUGGAGAUAGAUCAGUAGCCUCUGUCGAAGAUCAGUUGCGUAAAGAAAUGACGGUCUAUGAGAAAUUUAUCAUGGGAAUGCUCACCAAUUUUGGGAACAUGGCGUUGGACCGCAUUCAUAAUACGCUAAAGAUGUUUUGCAUUGCUGAUCCAGUGUACGAUAAGUCACUCCAACAACUUCAAAGCUUCUUAUCCGGUCUAGUGUCCGAAGAGAAGUUAGAGCUUAGAGAUGGAUCAUAUUUUCUAAAAAAGUGAUAGGAACUCCUCCAAAUGGCAUCUUUAAAGCUUUAUGUGUGCUCAGAAAUAUUUAAGGCUUUUGGCUUUUAUGGGAGUAAUUUAUACUGUCAUCUUAUACAUAUUGAUUGAUUGGCCACCUCAUAAUCAAUAAGACCUCACCCACAUUGUAUCAUACCAAAAGCAGAGGAAAAUGCGAAAUGAUUGAAUUUGCAUUCUUUUAUUUUUUUAGUAGUCUAUUGCUCUGUAU